AUGUCAUUUUCCACGGAAUUCCACGACAGCAAAGAAUCAAUAUUCCUUAAAGGAGAUAAGGAGUGUGAAGAGCACGCAGCACUACUCAGGGACAUCGGCGACGUGUUCGUUGACCCGGAUUUCCCGCCCACCGCCAAUUCGCUUGGAAAAAUAAUAGAUGAUCAGGGGAAUGAGGAUUUUGAGAAUUUGAACGACCCAUGGUUUGCGCCUCAUCAAUUUCAGGGGUACGCUGGAUUUCCGGAUUACGGUAGAUGGUCACUUUAUGAAGACCCGUGGCCAUUCCACGUGGAUCAGGGAAGACUUGGAGACUGUUGGCUGAUUGCGGCGAUUCAGGCGAUUGCUAGACGCAAGGAGAUCGUGGAGCAGAUUCUACCCGAGAGGGAUUACACGAGGGAUUGUGGUAUUGUCCCGGUUAGACUAUUCGUGAACGGGAAAUGGGAAGUGAUCAAAGUGGACUACCAUAUCCCUCAAGAUGACGGAAUGACGAGAGGCGCCAAAAAUCUAAAAAAUCAAUUCUGGGUUGCAUUUAUUGAAAAAGCAUUCGCAAAAGUGAGAGGAAGUUACGGAGACUUGAUUGGAGGCACCACGUGCUCCGCCUUCCAAUGUCUCACCGGUUGUUACAGUACCUCGAUUCAUUUAAAUCCGAAUGCGGACGCCGAGAAGAUGUGGGAGGACUUGAUUAGUUAUUACUCCUGCGGCUAUCCACUUGCGGCGGCGACACCAAAAGCAGAAAACUAUCGGAAAAUUGGAUUGUGUCCGGAGCACGGCUACUCGAUUCUCGAUUUCAAGGAGCAUGAAGGUUAUCGAUUGAUUCAGAUUGGAUCCACCAAUUCUUUGAGGUGGAAUGGGAAAUGGUCGCAUUUGUCGGGUUAUGAUUAUGACACCUUCCGCCAAUUCCCGUUUGUAGACCGCCGCCUGAUAGGCUAUAAAAUUUUCUGGAUCGAAAUUGAUGAUUUCAUUAAAUAUUUUGAUACGAUUUACGUUUGUAAAUAUAAAUCCGGUUGGCAUGACCGAAGUGUCACCCAAACUAUCAAACGGAAGAGUGAAUCGAAUUCAGAGGCUCAAAUCAUGAAAAUCCAAAUUGAAAAACGACAGGAAUUUGUGAUUGAUGUGAAACUACGAAAGGAACAAUGUGGCUUGUACCUCCAAUUCUUGAAUAUUCACAAAGCGACGGCUGAAAAUGAAUGUGGAGAAUUACUGUACAAUUUCAACACCCCAUCGCCUCUGACUACUGUAUCCAUGGAUUUCGUCAUUGUCCCGUUCAAAACCGCCAUUCAAAGUGUCCAAGAAGUGGUUCUGAAAUACGGGAAAUCAGAAAAAUACGAAAAUGGCAAUUUAAUUAUUUAUACAUGGACCAAUGCGAAUUGUUUUCUAAUUAUGGCCGAUAAUUUGUAUAAAUGGACUCAUAUCAGAUAUUAUGCCACUCUGCUAUCGGAUAAAGAAGGAGUGUAUUCUGGUUCGAUGUUGAAGCAAACUUCCUGGGUGCCAAUUUCCCCGAGAACCAGAUCCUUCGUCGCAUUUCUGAAUCACAUUGAAUUAGGAGUACCGACUAGUCAGAUCAAACUUGAGUACUGUCUCAGCUCGUGGUUCAUGAAAUGGCUGAAUUGGAUUGAUGCUUCGAUAUUCAGCGAGAAUUUCGAGUUGGCAAUUUCUAUUUAA